AUGCCAUAUGGAAAUGAAAUUGGGGAAGUAAAAAAGGAAAGGAAACUGAUAAUUUUUUCAGGUAAUCGAUUUGGAAAUCCAGAAUUUCCAAAGGUUGCUUGGCAAUUAUUCAUUGAAAUUAUCCAUUCUUCGUCCGAUUAUGGUCGGGGAUAUAGCCAAAGUUAUAACAAAGGAGAAAAUGAUAUUAUUCACAUCUGGCUUAGCCAACUGGGGCCUAAUGGAUUGAAUGAUUUUGUGAAUACUAAAUAUAAAAUUUAUGCAGUUGUAGAGGAUAAUACAAAUGUUGAUAUAGCCAAGUCUACACACAAAUUUGAGAAUCAAGAAAAGAUGGGAUAUUCCAAAGUUUCUUUGAAAAAAUUACUUAAAGAUAAUGGGACUUUGGUUUUGUGUUGUGAAGUGGAGAUUGAUUAUUAUAAUCCAAUUGAUGAUUUACAAAUUAAUGUUUAUCGAAAAAUGUUUGAACAGGAAAUGUUUACUGAUUGUGUUAUUAAAAUUGGGGAUCAAAUAAUUAAUACUCAUCGUUGUAUUUUGGCUCAAAAUAGUGAAGUAUUUUAUAAUAUGUUUAAACAAAAUGGAAUGAUUGAAUCAUUAAAUGUUAGGGCUUUGUUAUUUUUAAGAGAAGUUUUUAUUUCUGACACUUCCCCCGAAUGUUUUCGUGCAAUGCUGGAAUUUUUUUAUUCAGGGAAUAUUAAUAAAAGUUUAAUGGAGAAUCAUGUUGAUGAUAUUUUUGCUGUUGCAAAUAAAUAUCAAGUGGAAUUGUUGAAACAUGAAUGUGAACGAUUUAUGUGUUCGAAAAUUGAUGCCAAAAAUAUUUCUAAAUAUUUUAAUAUUAUUCAAUUAUAUGGGGCUCCGACUUUGGAAAAGGCCUGCAAAACUUAUAUUCAAAACAACAAAAACUUUAUAAAUAGUGAAGAAUGGAAGGAAUUAAGUAAAACAUUCCCUCAAUUGGCUCUUCAAUCUUUGGAAUAUGUUAUUAAUGAUUCUAUUAAAAUUUAA